UUGCCCUCGCGAAAAUGAUAAAGGACUCGGUCUACUGGAUCACAGGCGGAGCAUCUGGCCCGGGUAAAGCAACAGCAGAAAAGCUUCUAGCUGAAGGUGCCAAAGUGGUAGUCUGCGAUCUGCAGCACCCCGAGGAAGAAGACCUUGUUCUAAACUACGGCGACAACUCCAUAGUUCUAACUAUCGACAUCACUUCGGAGAAGGAAGUGCUGGCGGCCCUAGACGUGACGAAAAAAAAGUUUGGCAGGUUGAACGGUGUCAUCAAUUGCGACGAAAUGAGUCUACAGAGACCCGCCUACGAUUUCGCAGAGGACACUCCCCACAAUCUAGAGGAGUUUAUUAAAAUUGUCACGGUCAAUUUAAUAGGGACGUUCAAUGUUAUACGGUUAGCCCUCGGAUUGAUGGCGGACAACAAAUUGAACGAGAACGGCGAAAGGGGCGUCAUAAUCAACACCACCAGCAACAUUGCAUCCGAAGGGAAGGCUUUGUGCAGCGCUUACGCGGCCAGCAAAGCCGGAUUGAGCGCCAUCACCGUGCCUCUAGCUAGAGAUUUGACCGGCCAGGGUAUCCGAGUGGUCGAUAUAGUGCUAGGUCCUUAUGACGCGCGGAAGUGGGAGGGGCCCAAUUUUGUAAGCGGCUCUAUCCGAUUCGACGACUUUGCCAACGCGGUCAAGAGCAUCAUAGAGAUGCCGAUGUUUAAUGCCGUCUCUGUUAAACUGGAUGGCUCAAGCACUGAUUGAAGUAUGGUUCACCAGAGGAAAUCCUUUAUUUUGAAGAUAUGGCCUGAUAAAAAUAUCUGAAAUUUUUUAUUAAAUUUGAAAAAGAAGGCAGUGGUGAAUAUUUUUUUGUCAAAAGUGUUGGUCGGGGUGUUUUGUGGGGCGCCAUCGGAAUUCGUAAUUUAAAUUGGUGUCCAUUAGUGCCUUACUUUCAUAGGCGUUCACUGUAAAUGUAAAAAAUAA